CCUGCCUACCCCUUGGCGGGGAGGCCGGCCACAGGCUGAGCGCGCUCCGGGCUGGGUACUCCUCAGUCAGUCCACGAGCAUCGCGUGGUAGACUUCCACUUGGCCAGUCCUUCCCACACGUUUGGGCGUGUCAUCAGAAAACAAAAUUAUCUUCCUUUCCAAAUCCAAAACGAUGAAAACGACUGAGUUACUUUCAAAAGACAACCAAGUGUGCACCACAGACUAAUGAGUAGAAUCAAUAAGAACGUGGUUUUGGCCCUUUUAAUACUGACAAGUUCUGCAUUUCUGCUGUUUCAGUUGUACUACUACAAGCACUAUUUAUCAGCAAAGAAUGCAGCUGGUUUGUCAAAAUCCAAAGGAAGCCGAAUUGGAUUUGAUAGCAUACAGUGGCGUGCAGUUAAAAAAUUUAUUAUGCUAACAUCCAAACAAAAUGUACCAGUGUUUCUUAUUGAUCCUUUGAUGUUGGAAUUGAUUGACAAGAACUUUGAACAAGUCAAAAAUACUUCUUAUGGCUCCACUUCAGAAUGCAAGUUUUUCUGUGUUCCAAGAGACUUUACUACAUUUGCACUGCAGUAUCACCUAAGGAAGAAUGAGGAAGGCUGGUUUCGGAUAGCUGAGAAUAUGGGAUUUCAAUGCAUAAAGAUUGAGAGCAAAGAUCCCCGGCUAGAUGGGAUAGACUCACUUUCUGGAACUGAAAUCCCCCUGCACUAUAUCUGCAAAUUGGCCACUCAUGCGAUCCACUUGGUAGUCUUUCAUGAGAGGAGUGGCAACUACCUCUGGCAUGGCCACUUGAGACUCAAAGAACACCUUGACAGGAAGUUUGUUCCCUUCCGAAAGUUACGGUUUGGCCGUUAUCCAGGAGCUUUUGACAGGCCAGAGUUACAGCAGGUUACUGUUGAUGGACUGGAAGUUCUCAUUCCAAAGGAUCCAGUGCACUUUGUAGAAGAAAUACCACACUCUAGGUUUAUUGAGUGUCGGUAUAAAGAAGCUCGAGCAUUCUUUCAGCAGUACCUUGAUGAUAACACUGUGGAAGCCAUGGCCUUUCGGAAGAGUGCAAAGGAAUUACUACAGCUAGCAGCGAAAACAUUAAACAAAUUGGGAGUACCAUUCUGGAUGAGCAGUGGGACUUGCCUAGGAUGGUAUCGACAAUGCAACAUUAUUCCUUAUAGCAAAGAUGUCGACCUAGGAAUUUUUAUACAAGAUUACAAAUCUGAUAUUAUUUUAGCAUUUCAGGAUGCAGGACUUCCACUCAAACACAAAUUUGGGAAGGUAGAAGACAGCUUGGAACUAUCCUUCCAGGGAAAGGAUGAUGUAAAACUUGACAUUUUUUUCUUCUAUGAAGAAGCUGACCACAUGUGGAAUGGAGGCACUCAGGCCAAAACGGGAAAAAAAUUCAAAUACCUGUUUCCCAAGUUUACACUUUGCUGGACUGAGUUUGUAGACAUGAAGAUUCAUGUGCCCUGUGAAACCCUCGAAUACAUUGAAGCCAACUAUGGUAAGACCUGGAAGAUUCCUGUAAAGACAUGGGACUGGAAGCGCUCUCCUCCCAAUGUGCAACCCAAUGGAAUCUGGCCUAUUUCUGAGUGGGAUGAGGUUAUCCAGUUAUAUUGAGAUACUAGGUCGAAUGGGAGAAUUCCUUUCUUGGAAAAAAAGGUAGAUAACUGUUUAAAAAGAUACAUGCCUAUUUGUCAAACAUAAGUGGGAACCAAAGAAAAAAAGUGAUAAGUUUGAAGACACAGAAAGUUUCGUCACUCCAGAGCCAUCUGAUUUAAUUCUUCAUUUAGCACUUACUGAGGAAUUUUCAUGUGCCACAUACAAUGCUAGGUUACAGUGGAGAAGCCUAGAUUAAUGAGACAAAUACCUGCCUCUUUUAUUCCUCCCUUUGGUAAACAACUUGAUUUUCCUUUGAGGGAACCCUCCCCUACCCUUUGAAGAGUUCAAGUUCUGUAAAGGUUUUUAAAAUGUUAAGUAACGCUUGAACUGGAAGAUGAGCUCACCAGGCAAAGCUAAGGAAGGUUAUGCUAGUUAAAAAGAAUAACCCAUUCCUGUUCUGGGCAUUUAAGCUGAUAUGUUAGUGCUACUUUUAAGAUUGUGGAGUUUGAGUUAAUAUUCAAGUGAUCAGACUUUGGGUGGCAUCAAGAAAAGAUGACAUCAGGUUUAUUUUUCAACUAAUCUUAUGUGGAAUUGAAUUAGAGCAUAAGGCAUCAUUCCUUUAGGGAAGAUGAGAGCUUAUUUAUAUCAGACCUUAUUUGUCAAGAUAAGUAAAUUUCUGUAUACAUACUGUUUUCAUAUUUGAAGUGAGAAGAAACUCUGUGCUUGUGUAAUGCUUAAAUUUCCAUCCAUUGUGAGAAAUUUUUCACUGACCUCUGAUGGCACUUGUUGACAAAUCAUUCAGGUGAGACCAUUCUACUAGACAUGAUUUUGAGAGUCCAUGAUUUCACAAAACUCACUUUUAUUCUCAGUCAUUCUCUUAGAUACAAAUAUGAGAAAUUCUUGUACAUUUUAUAUUUUCUGAAUGUAUAAUCCUUGCACUCCCAAUUUUAAUGACACUAAUAUAUUAAUAAAAAUUUUAAUGUAUUCUGAUUUUUAAAAUAUACUCUUAUCUUCAUUUAUCACAGCUUUAUAUCUUUGAUUUAUGGUCUAUAUACCAAUUCAAAUGGCAUGUAAACCUACCUGUUUCUUCUCCUCUUCUAAUAUAUCGGAUCUCCAAAAUGGAUGCUAAAUGGUGGACUUGGCAACUAUUCACUCUACCACAGAUCAUAGAGUUUGUAAAGUUUGUGUCCAUCCCUAGUUUUUCAGUCUGUUAAUUGUUUAUGGGGCAAGAACUCAGCCUUCUGCUUUAUCAAGUACCACACACUCUGGAGCCCUUCAGUUUCCUUUUCCCCUCAAGAUGUCUGAGUCGGCUGGGAUGGCUGUUUCCCCCAUCUCCUCACCAGUCACUCGAAGGAUAUAUUCCAAGUGCAAGGUAAAGGAAAAUGCAGGCAUAAUAAGCACUGCUGUUUUUCUCUUUGGGAAAGGAAGCUGAAUCUUAUAUGUUAUCUGUGCUAUUUAGGACUACUUUUGGGAGCUUGGCAGAUUUUCCUCUAAAACCAGAGCACAAUAGGAGUCUCACAAAUGGAAACCCAAACAUCUGAGGGAAUGGGCUGAUAGACUUUCUCGAAAACCAAUUAGGGAAAGUAACCUACAACCACCCCAUUCCAAGUUUUUAAAGCAACAUACAAACCUUCUUUGAUAAAUGACAGCCAACAGUCUUCCUGUCUUAAGUUGCAUUCUCAAUGCAAAAUUACUGGGUCUUUCAUAAAUAACAUGAGCAGGUUUCUGUGGACCUUUAAGAUUAUCAGCAAACUUGUCCCAGAAUGGCGUAUCAUCAUAAUCAGUUUUCUCUUUUCUAGAAAAUCGGCCCAUAGAGUGCAUUCCCAAAUUCUACAACCCUAAGUUCAUUUUUCAUGUUCAAAAAUAAUAUAACAAAUAAUAGCAUUUUUGGGCAAAAUCCACCUGACUUGAGGAGACCAUUUGCUCGUGCUCAUUAUCUAGAAAUACAUAACACUCCACAUUUCUGCCCAUUUCAAAUUGGGACUCACUCUCAUUCUUUGCCAGGAGAGUUUACCCAUUCCUGUUCAGAUUAACCUUUUAUCUAAAGUUCCUGGAGUACAAAAUCUUAAGAGUGUCUGAAAUCCAAGACAGGUUGGCCCCAUUGACACAGGUUCUAUAUUCUUCCCUACAGAGACUACUGGCUGCUAAAAUACUUUUCUUGUCUUCUGGUUUCACAGGCUUCAGCUCAUGGGUUCUACCCUAACUUGGGGGAACAGAAGCCUUCCCCUAGAAUCUGAAGGCCAGGCUUCCCUCUGAUUCUGAUUCACUAUACUUUAUCUUAUGCUUUUUAACAGUUGGAUUCUGUGGAGUGUCCAGAGACCUUGGGUUAGGUAUAUCCAUCAUCAGUACCUCCUAAUCUGACCACUUUCAGGUUUGGUUUACCUGGGGAAGCUGGCAACUUGUUGGUAGUUAGGCACCCAUGGGUGUCUCCAGAGACAUCCUGAGAGGUAAGAUUCCUCUUAAUUGACAACCAGGGCAACCAGGUAGCCACCCAGUCCAUCUCUAAGCAGGGAGCACUAGUCCUUCUCUCCUCUGCUGCAGCUGCUGAUAUCUGGCCCCUGGAAUAAAACCAUAGUUCCCAAAACUGAGCAUCCUUAAGAGUAGCUGCUCUGUGAGACAGCUGAUUUCCUUGAUUCCCUAGCUGCAAAACCUGCAAUGUGACUACUAGGUGACAGAAUGUUUGCCAGUAUCCCCACAAAACAAGUUAAAACUUAAGUGAAAGUCAUUCUGCUUUUGAAUCUUAAAAGCUAAAAGAGACCGUAAUGUAAUACUCAUUUUAAACUCACUUAUUUUAUAAGAGGAAUUAAAUAUAUAAAUGAAAAAGCUAAAUAAACACAGAAUAGAAUGACCUGAACAAGAACAGCUGAGGCUAAAACCCAAGACUGCCAUGACUUCUAGUCAAAUAUCUGUUUUGCAUCACAACACAGUAUCUUUAACAGUGCUUGAGAUGCUUAACAGAGAAGUCAUCAGGUGCUUCAGUGAGUCUAAAUUUCAGGGUAUUUCUGCCACUUAGUAUCUCUUUGUUCAGACUGAAAACCUAAGAUGACAGAGAGAUCAAGGAGAAGUAUUUUCUCGUUCAAAAUUCUUGGGCGGCCUUCAUACCUUUAUCUGGAAAAUGCCUUCUCUCCAGGCAAUGAAAUAGUUCACUUCUGGAGACAUCAGCCUUUGGUACCCAAUUCUCUAAGCUCAAGAUGCAUCCCAUUGCUACUUCACCAUUCUACUUCCCAGGGGAACCCUCAGCACCAAUCUGCUAAAUGCCUGUAUGUGAAGAGUAUUUCCCCUUUAAAGUGACCUUUCAUGAGGCCCUUUCUUUCCUAAGGGACCUUUACCUGGCAGUAGUGGUCUCAUUCAGACACACAAAAAUAAUAGAUGUAACUGGAGUACUUUGCAGUUUUCAGGAUUUUUUAAAUCUACUUGGCUGGAAAGGUGACUAGAGUAUCUAGUUUUUAGUAUUUAAACUACUUUUAAUUAUUUAUAUCGAUACUCUCUGAUAAAUGCAAGUAGUAAAGAAUAGAUUGUACUCAUUCCUUUUUAAAUUUGUGAUCUCAAACCAUUGUUUUUGUUCUUACACGACUAUAGUACUUCAAAUGGCACAUAGAUAGGCAAGAUAUUACAUAGGUAAGCACGAAUUUGUACAUUGGGUACCAGAGCUAAAUCUGGAAAACACAUUUGGAAUGAGCUUCCACACUCCAGUCUAAAAUUUCACUCAAACUUAUGUCUACACGUUUUUCUAAGUUUACCCCUAGUUUCACUUUCUGGAAAGUGAACCUUUUUUUAAAUCUUAAAUGCUAUAAAUCCUUAGGAGAAAUAUUCCCUCAAAACCCAGUCAGAGAAAUGGUCCCACAUUCCCACCUUCUAACAUGUAGUUAUUAGUUGUAACAGUUUUAAGGCAUGGAAAAACUUCAGUUACCGACCAGUCAAGAAAAUUUCUCAAGAAAAAUCCCAGCAACUAUUCCUCUUUUCUCCUUGUCUUCCACUAUCAUUAAGACCUGGGCUAGAUCCCCUCUGACAUCUCACUUAGGGAUGACAAUAUGUUGGCAUGAAAAGACCACAAGCUUUUGAGUUAGGCUUGAAUUUGAAUUUCAGCUUAAUCAUGUGGGAUUUAUGGUGGGGUCCCUUUCAGUCUCUACUUCCACACUAGUGAAUUGGGAAAUGAUACAUACUUCUAAGGGUUUUUAGGGGGAUUAAAUGAAGUGUACAGUUCUUAGCCUCAGGCCUAGGAUUAAGUAAGUACUCAAGAAAUGUGCAAUUUUCUAGUUCCAUGUUUCUUUUCUAAUCUUCAAAUGGAAUUAUAGAAACCGUGGGUCAGAACACAUUGCUUCACUCAGGAGGUUGCAUGACUGAAUUUGCUUAAGAAAAGAAAAUUCUUUCAAGUCAUUACAAAUUAAAUUGUAUGGUUUAUGAAUUCAGAGACAUGACCAGUUUGCCUCCUCUCAAUAGAACUUGUAUUUUCAUUUUUUUGAUUAAGCAGUUGUCUCAAUAUUAUCCCAUUGCUACCUAGUUUGCUGGUCCCAGGCAGUUCACUGUACUUCCCUAGGUUUGGUGCCUGCUCUCCCCUGGACUUCUUUUUCAAUAUUCUAGCCUUUCUUAGAUGCAAAUCAUGACCUCCUUGUUAGUGAAAUUAGAUAUAAGCCAUGAUUUGGAGAAGAAAGAAAUCUGGAAUACUUAGCUUUAUUUAAUUGUCUUAGCUGAUGAAUGCCUGUGUCAUUGUUAAUAAAGGAGAAUUGAAAAUACU